CUGUUUUGUUUUGUUUUUGGAUUUUGUUUUUUUCCUAAUACUAUCUUUCCCCUUCUAUCUGGGGUUUCUAAUGUGCUUUUCACAAAAGAGAGAGAAGCCUGCUUCCACUGGGCUCAUUCAUUCUCUGCUUCUGUCUUUCCACACUAAUAGCCUUGUGGGGAGGACAAUGGAUUUGAAGUUGAAGGACACCAAUUUCAAGUUGAAGGUCUUACAUGAGGCAUAGGGAUCUGCAGGGAAAGAGGGGUCUCAAGGGCAAAUAAAUAGAAACGAUUCCCAGAAAUCCAGGAUGGGGUCUCCCCUCCACCAAGGACCAGCAUAUCUUGUUUCUGAUCUGGAUGCGCCAACCCCACUUCUCCACCAAGAGAAAACAAUAUUUUUUGCACUGUAAAGGCAGAUGGGUAGCAGGACUCCGUGGUCCUGUACCUGAUUGACCCCUCAUGGGUCAUCUGCAAGGACUCUGUGGGUGUGGGCUUGUGGUUUGGUCCCCUGUCAACAUCUUUACUUCUGAAGAGUCCACUGGCCACCCGUCUCCCGGGUCCCCCCUGGCCGGCUUCUUCCUGCCACGUCUUCAGAGCCCACCACCGCUCGAGAGAGUCCCCAGCUCCCGCUCUCCCUGCGGCAGGGAAGGAUCCAGGUGAAGAGCUCUGCUGUGGAGGCGCUGCAGAAGUCACACAUCGAGAACAUUGCCGCUUUCCUGGCCUCUCAGAACGAAGUCCCGGCUACCCCCCUCGAGGAGCUGACCUACCGGCGCUCCCUGCGUGUGGCCCUGGAUGUCUUGAACGAGAGAGGCAGCCUGAGUCCCGAAAGCCGUCUGAUGGAAGAUGGGACCACACUGUCUCAGAAAGAGAAGGCACUUGCAGAUUCGGCCUCUCCGGUCUCGGCCUCCCGUGCUCCGUCCCCAUCCGUUCUCGGUGAAGAUGGUCAAGAUGUGGUCGCCCAGUGUGCACCCAAGAGGAGGUGGGGCUGCAUGCCACAAAGCCUGUCAGGGUUGUCUGCAUUUGAAGAGAAACCUGGGUGCAAAGCGGACCACAAGACAGCUCUCUCAAAGAGCGGAACCCCGAGAACCCCAGCGCCUUCCCGCACUGCAGAUGGCUCCCAAGAUGGUUCUGGGUCACGGCUGGACCGUGGUCAGGAGGGCACAACCAAUAAGAGGCGGAGAAAUUUGGGAGAGAAACCUACCCGGCACCGAAGAACAGGGUCUAGCCUUUCCAAGGGAGAGGGUGUUGCAGAGAGCGAGGGUCAAGCUAGCUGUGUGAGCCCAGCCUCACCUAGGCUGCCCCCUCAAACCCAGGAGGAGGGUCCCUGUGCCUCGGUCAAAGGCUGUGACCGGGUCAUGUCAUCAGGCAGUGGGCUGCCCCCAGCCUCUGACAGAGGCAGAGAACGCUCCGCAAAGAGGCCACGCUUGGAUUCAGGCCAGAACCCACCCACCAGGCAGCUGGGGACUAGAACUGUUGGGGCAGCGCCCUCCCCUGGGAGCCGUUCUGGGGAGGUCACGAUGCUUCGCAGCGCUGGAGACAGUGACAAAGCAGAGGAAGCAGAUCCUGUGUCCUCAGAAGAGUCCACAGGGCUCAAGUCCGUCCAGUCCCUGCUGGAGGAGGAGGAGGAGGAAGAGGAGGAGCCUCCCCGGAUACUUCUGUAUCACGAACCGCGAUCAUUUGAAGUAGGAAUGCUGGUCUGGCUCAAAUACCAAAAGUACCCGUUCUGGCCAGCCGUGGUCAAGAGCGUUCGGCGGAGAGACAAGAAGGCCAGCGUGCUCUUCAUUGAGGGCAACAUGAACCCCAAGGGCCGAGGAAUCACUGUGUCGCUGCGAAGGCUCAAGCACUUUGACUGCAAGGAAAAGCACGCGCUGCUGGACAGAGCCAAAGAGGACUUCGCCCAGGCCAUCGGCUGGUGUGUCUCGCUUAUCACGGACUACCGGGUGCGCCUUGGCUGCGGCUCUUUCGCUGGGUCGUUCUUGGAGUAUUAUGCUGCUGAUAUCAGCUACCCUGUGCGCAAGUCCAUCCAGCAGGACGUCCUGGGGACAAGGUUUCCUCAGCUGGGCAAGGGGGACCCUGAGGCGCCUGCAGGGGACAGCCAGCCGGGACAGUGGCGGCCAUGCAGGAAGGUGCUGCCCGACCGCUCCAGGGCUGCGCGCGACAGAGCCAACCAGAAGUUGGUGGAGUACAUCGUGAAGGCCAAGGGCGCCGAGAGCCACCUGCGGGCCAUCCUGCACAGCCGCAAGCCCUCGCGGUGGCUGAAGAUGUUCCUGAGCUCCGGCCAGUACGUGACGUGUGUGGAGACGUACCUGGAGGAUGAGGCGCAGCUGGACGAGGUGGUGGGGUACCUGCAGGGCAUCUGCCGGGACAUGGACGGGGAGGUGCCUGCGAGCGGCAGCGGGGACCGCAUUCGCUUCAUCCUGGACGUGCUGCUGCCUGAGGCGAUCAUCUGCGCCAUUGCCGCCGUGGAGUCCGUAGACUACAAGACGGCGGAGCAGAAAUACAUCCGUGGCCCGACACUUAGCUACCGGGAGAAGGAGAUCUUUGACAAUGAGCUCCUGGAAGAGAGGAGCCGGCGCCGGCGCUGAGUCCGCAGCGUGCCCGAGGUCUCUGCGACAGUGUGCCAGAAGCAAGAGGCCUAGGAGUGACUUUGAUCUGUGCGUCCUGAUCUUUGCCCUUCAGCCCGGAGUCUGCAGGAUCAGGUGUCGUCAACGUACCGGAAGCCUGCUGGCAGCUACGAACACUCGCUUUCUGGAAGUUUCUGUUUGUGUACACGUGUAUGUUUGGUUUUUAUUUUUUUAAUUAUUUUGUUUAUAAAUGCGUUUGAAUGCA